UGCACAUGAGAAAAUGAACACCAUGAAGACCCCGAAGGCUGAAGAUGUCAGACGGGGGAUUUCUGUCAUCUGGGAGAUCUUGCAGUGUCCAAUAUGUUUGGAAUUGAUGAGCACACCUGUGUCUACUAAGUGUGACCACCAGUUUUGCAAGUUUUGCAUAAUAAAGCUUUUGGACAGCAGUAGGAGAAAGGAGGCCAACUGUCCUGUUUGUAAGAUAAAGAUCACAAAAAGGAGUUUGCAGGAGAGCCCUGGGUUCCAGAAAUUGGCCGAGGGAUUGCAGAAUAUGGUCCAGGCCUAUGAACAUGACACCUGCACAAACUACUUCACUGGAAUGUCCCAGAUGAGGAGACAUAGUGUCACAGAGACUGUGCAGAAGAAAAACGGCCAUGAUGUCUCAUCUGAUGACGUGUGGGCCACUGACCGUGCUGAUGACGAGGAUCAUGAGUUUCCAAUGUCCUGCUCGUCAACUAUAGCAGCCAAGGAUGGCUUUGCAAAGCUCAUGGGUCUUGAAGAUUCUUGCCCUGUCAUUUCGGACGAGGGGUUUGAUAGCGGCCUAGGUGACAUACCUCCAGCCAUUGAAAAGGAUACCGAUGACUCUAAAGCUACCUCCACCACAGAAAAACAGAAGCCAGCAUUAGAGGCAGAAAUACCUGUGGUUGUUGAAAGAGCUCCUUCACGACCCCAAAAGCUAGGAAAAAAGAUAACCACUCAUCCUCAAGAUCCACCAUGCCUCCCUGAAAAAGUCAUAGACCAACCUGUCAGACGAUCUUCGAGGAAUAACAAAAGAAAGUCCUUGACUGAAAUGAUUGACCAGAAUCAGAAGAAAAGUCUAGAGAAAGUCUCUGAGUGGCUCAUGAAUAAUUCCUCAACAGAAGAAAACUCUGAGAAGGAGAAAAUCACAGAGGGCUCUUAUGACUCAGUUUCUUUGGCAGGAAGUUGUUCCCCCGCCUCACCCUUAGAGGAUAACCUCAGAAAUAAGGACGAGAGUCCAAAGAGAGAAGAGCGUGGCAAAUGUCUUGAGGAGCUGGUAUUUGGGGCUGUUUACAAACGGGAUCGAAGAGGGAACCGCAGUUUUUCACCACAGAACAGAGCAAUCACAGACCCUCCACCACCCUGUCCAGCUGAGGAACUCCCAAUCCUGAAGAAGAUUGCCAAAAGGAGGAUGAGUAAUAAACUGACACCUGCUGACUUUGUCAAGAGACCAAGAUCUGAGGAGAAUGAAGACAGUGUUAUGGAUGACCGACCAGAGAUGACAGAACCACAAGAGGAUUCUCCCAAUGAACACCCAAGAGAUACUGAAGAAGAUAAGUUGAUUGACCUGACUGGGGAGCUGAACUCUAAUAGCUCUGACAAGCAAGGUGAAGAGCUUGAUGAGUUGCCAGAAGGUGACAACAAAGAGAAUGAAGAUGUAGAGGACAGUCCUGUGUUUGAUGUGCCACUAAGGGAAUCUGGGAGGAAGCCAAAUAAAAAGAUGCACGGUAGGUGGCAGGACGUUGACGGGGAUUUACAAGGGAAAGUAAAGUCGGAGAAUAACGAGCAAAAAAAGCCUGCCAAGAAAAAAGGGGAAAACAUCAAGGUGGAGAAGAGCAAGGCAGCCAAGUCCUUAGUCCUUGUGGGUGUCGGAGAGGGUGGAAUUGACCCUAAGAUACCUAAGAGCAGACCGUCAGGCCAGACUGAGGUUCAGAUUGAGAGUUACCCUAGCAGUGAGGAUCCAGGAAGCCCGAUCAUGAGGAGAACCAGGAGGAGUCGGAGGCUUCAGCUCUUCACAGAGGAAGUACAAGGGAGUAACAAGAAGAUCAGCACUGCAACAUCCACAAAGGUUGACGUUCUUGAUUCAGACUGCAACAAGAUGCAGCAAUCAGAGGAGGCGAAAGCUGACACUGACAGGGAUAAUGUGGCUUGUUUGCAGAACCAAAAUACAGAAAAGGCUGUAAGGAAAAACGGAUGUGUUUUAGAUGAAGAAAUGGGAGGUAUUGAGAACUUGGACUCUAGCGAGAAAAGAUUGUGUAAAAUGAUUGAGUCACAGAAAGUGAACCCAGUUGAGGAGUCUAUUGUUGAAGUCCCAAGUACAGGAAGUCCUUGUCACGCUGAUGUUGCUUGUUCAGUGACUAUGGUACCAAGUUCAAUUAGUACUCCUGAGGCAAGUGUCUCAUGUGCCGUGCCUGAGAGUGUAAACCAAAGUAAUCCGGUUAUCAAACCAUUAGAUGUACCACAAGAGACGUCAGCCAGCCAGGCCAAAUGUAUUGAUCUGGAGGAGGAUGACCGGAAUGACAGUGAGCUGGACACUGAGCAACUGCUGAAGAGCUUCAAAGCCACCAAAAGGAAGUCUUUCCACCUUGGUAGUCCAAAUAUCAAGAGGAGUUCCUUCUGGUCCAACAAGGAAAAUACAACUCUUACAAAGACUCAAGAGAACAAACAUGUCGGCACAGAUAUGGAAGCAGGAAAUGGGCAGGGAUUUUCAAGGACAACGGAGUGUCCCACAGUCCAACAGGAAUCUGAGAAAAGGACAGUAUUUGAAAAUUCUUGCUCUAGUCAUUUGAGCCCACCUUCAAGUUCCCUCAACAAUAUUUCACAAGAAAAAGCGCAGAGGAAUCGUAAAAGGCUCAGAAAGUCCAUUCUUACCAGACCACCUCAGGAUUUAGUGGAGUCUUCGAACCCUGAUACCAGUGGGAAGACCCAGAAACAGAUUCUGGCCAGGCUUUCUGGCAACAGCUCAAAAAGUGCCCUCAGUCCCAACAAAGUCACAAAAAGCCAAAUGGAAUCUCCCCUCCAAGCUGUGGGUUCUGGUCUGCUCUUUCCAGCUUUUGGCGCCUCUAAGGAAAAUCUACCAGAUCCGACACCUGUAGCUUCAAAGCAACUUAGAGUCCCUAAAAGUCAGCAGCCAUACAAAGUGGAGGGCAGCAUGAGGAAAAGUCCAACAGUUCUGGAGAGUAGCCACAGUGUUGGAUCAGACACUGCAGUGGAGCCAAACAAAACGUGGCCAGAGAACAUGACUGGAAACAUGGCCAAUACAGAGUCCUCCUUGACUCCAGAUGACCUCCUUCCAAUUAUCCAAUCAGUAGUUAUCCAAGUGGCAGAGAGGACUAAAGGAAGUGGUGUGGUCAGCUUGCACUCUCCCAUCAAGAGCACCCUAAAGCGGAGGAAGGCUCAGAGACUGGAGUCUUCCUCGGAGUCCGACUGCAGUGGGGAGGAAGAGGAACUGCCUUCCCUUGCGCAAAUUUUCAGACCUUCGGCUUGUCCACCAACCGCUGAGGAGGAGGAGGAAUCAGUCACAUUGCUCAAAGACCAUGCGAGGGAACAAGGAAGCUACAGGGAGGCUGGUGAUGGUACCUGUGCUGCAGCUGAAGAUGGGCAGCGAGCGAGCAGUCCUCCCAUGUGCCCCAGUCCUGAAUGGGUCACCACCAGCCAGGCAUCUGUGGACCUGUUUGGAACACCAGAAGAAGGGGAAGGAAUGGCAGGUGACACUGGCCUGACACAGGAAUCAUCACAAUUUUCAAGCGAGUGCAUUGCCACUCAGCAAAAGGUUGCGAUGCAGGAGGAGCUGCGGAGGCUGGAGAGAAUGAUGGCGUUGGUGUCUGAAGCGCUCCAGGAGAAGGAGGAGGAGGAGCCCACUGGGGCCAAAGUCAACCCCGGGGCCUCAUAUCCCCCAGCGUUGCUUCAACCAGACAGGUCCACAGUCUCCUCAGGCCUUGAUCUCCAGGCGACCCUGCCGUGUGGCCAGGGCACCAGGAAGAGGUCUGCCAGCAGGGAAGGUCCCCAAAACAUUGGGGGAAAUGCAGCCUCACCGUCCCCUGGUCUUGGAGACUGUGAGGGCCUUGGGCCCACCCCCACCACGCCCUGCCGCACCAAACAUGAGGGGCCUGGAGGGACUGGGGCAGGGCGGCUUGGCAGACAGUCAGGACGGGUCCUAAGGAGCAGCAUGAGAGCGAGGCCCAACCAGGGGUCGUCAGUGGUCAGAGUGCACAGCGGGACCAAUGCUCCCUCAGCUGGGCUGGAGGUCCAGGAUACCCCGGGGGCCAUCCAGCCUGCCAACACACACCCAUCAACACACACUCCACUGCGGGAACCCGCUGGGGUCAAGUUGGUGCUGGUAGCAUCAGGACUCAGUGCACCUGAACAGUCAAUGGUGAACAAGUUUGCCAAGAGGAUGGGAGGCAGUGUGUGUUCACAAGUGACAUCCGAGACCACCCAUGUCAUCAUGAACACAGAUGGUGAUCUGGUGUGUGAGCGCACGCUCAAGUACUUCCUGGGCAUCGCAGGCAGGAAGUGGGUGGUGAGCUUCCAGUGGAUUUCCGAGUGCUUCAAACAAGGGACAGUCUUAAAUGAGACGUCAUUUGAGGUGCGAGGAGACGUUGUGAACGGACAUGAUCACCAAGGGCCCAUGAGAGCACGGACCACAGGGGACACAAGUCUGCUGAUGAAGGAUUACGAGAUCUGUUUCCAAGGCCCUUUCACCGAUAUGACCACUGGUCAGAUGGAGUGGAUGGUGGAGCUUUGCGGCGCAACGGUGGUCCAAGAGCCUCUUCUCUUCACUGGUGAACUGAAAACUCGUCAGCUAAUAGUGGUACAACCAGGCUCGGACCAAUCACCAAUAAACUACAAAGCCCUCCAGAGGAUAGCCACGGUCAUUACCCGUGGUUGGCUAUUUGAUACCGUGGCAACCUACACCCUUCAAAGCCUCGGCAACUACAGAACGUAACCUCCAGACCUGGUGUCACAUCCAAAUCGCUCCGCUGGCCUGGACCCACUCCACUCAGUUCAUUGGUGUGAUACGCAAAUCGUUCCCUGGUCUGGAUCCUGUCACUAGAGGCAGUCCCUGGUGUCACGUCCAAGUGGCUCCCUUGUAACCCUCUUUCUUAAUACAGUGCCUUCAGAAAGUAUUCAUACCCAUUGACUUAUUCCACAUUUUGUGUUACUCUCCUAUCUUCACACGAUACCCUGUUAAUGACAGUGAAAACAUGUUAUAAAGAAAAUUGGCAAAUUUAUUGAAAAUUAAAUGCAUAAAUAUUUAAUUUACAUAA